AUGGCUCAAGAGGUCAGAAACGCCGGUGAAGAGAAGAGCGGCGAACGACGGGAAGAGAGCAAACGGAACAGGGUGCACGGGGCGAAACCUUCUCAUUCCCGCCGCCGAAAGUUUCAAUCUCCAUCGUUUUGUUGGGAUGCCCUAGCCAAUUACCCAACCCAGCAACCUUGGCUCCACACGACGGCUAAACGCGAACCCAUCCCUCCCAUCACCCUCGAGCUCCUCCUUCCUUUCUCCGUCAUCGAUCUCACUCCCUCACUUCCGUCCAUCUCCCGCCGCCGUCGCCGAAACGAGCUUCGAAGCCACCGUCGGUAUCGUGCAGCUCUGUUCCACCAUCGUGCAGCUACUGUUUCAGCUUUGAAAGCACCGUCGCGCAGCUCGGUUCCAUCGUCGCCGGGCUCGCCUCCUUUUUCCGUCGAGCAGCUCUGUUCUAUCGUCGCCGGCGCUAUCUCUGUUCCACCUGUCAUCCCUUCGGCACUGCUAGAAGCCAUGGGGGCCAGUGGAUCAUCAGGGCAGGAAGCAAUUGCAAAUGCAGAAAUGAAUGCAGCAAUUUUAACAGCAAGAGCAGGUGCUCGGGAUCCAUCAGCGAUUCCAUCUAUAUGCUGUGUUUCAGCUACCCUUCAGUAUCCAGCUGGCCUGGAGGGUUCAGAUGCUGGUCUAGCAUCUGUGUUGGAGUCCCUGGAGUUCUGUCUGAAACUUCGUGGCUCUGAAGCUUGUGUGUUGGAAGAUUUAUUAAAGGCUAUUAAUCUUGUUCACAUUAGAAGGGAUCUUGUUCAAAGUGGUCAUGCUUUGUUAAACCAUGCUUAUUGUGUUCAACAGGAAUAUGAAAGGACAAAAAAUUAUUCCGAGUUUGGCUGCAGAACAAGACAAGACCGUUAUGGAGAAAUGGUUGCCUGAACUUAAGGCUGGUGUUUUGAAUGCUCAGCAGAGCUUGGAAGCUUGUAAAUAUGUCAGGGGUUUGCUUGAUGAAUGGUGGGAGCAACCAGCAUCGACGGUUGUUGACUGGGUGACAGUGGAUGGGCAAAAUGUAGCUGCAUGGCAUAAUCACGUUAAGCAGCUUCUUGCAUUUUAUGAUAGAGGAGCAUCAUGAGUAACAUGAAUGAGCACCCUUAAGGCAUGAACUUUCUGAGGAUUCCCAUUUGUCUAAACACUUCCCACUUUGUUGUCGCCAUUGAAGACUUCAUAUCCUCCAGCCUCAGCUUCGCAUGCCGUGACUGGGAAUACCUUUUCUGGUAAACUUACCUUGAGAUGGAAAUGGGACUGCUCUAUGUUUCUUGAUUGACAAGAGACCACAGGCACAAGAACCUCAUCCCUACUUCCCUUGCCCACUUUAUAUCCAGAAGUGUGAUUUUGGUUGGUUUUGGAGUUUAGGUGGUGGUUUUGAUUGUUCUUUUCACUGAAUGUGAUUAACAGCUAGCGGCAAAUGGCAAUGCAAUGUUUUAUUUUAGAGGUUGUAAUUUAAUUUGUUUGUUUAGCCAAUUGAGGUUGAAGGCAUUUUCAGCUCCAUUUACUUUAUAUAUUGUUUAAGUGGUGUGUACAAUUUGGUAAUUUUAGACUAUAUUUUAACUUUGCUAAGAUGAUGUAAUAGGCUGAACUUUCAAACUUAAUCAAAGUUCUACAAACUCAGGUUAUAGAUAAGCUCGUCAUGUACCUGGGACUAAACUUGAUGCUUAAAUUCAUACUAAAAUAAAGUUUAUUGCGCUUUAUUGCUAAGUAAUGUGCAUUUUGGUAUUCGAAAG